AUGUUCACAAUUACUGAAAGCACUUACGAAACAAAUGAACAACUCGAUGCUUUUAUCGAAAAUGAGAAACGUAAUCCUCAACUUUUUGAUCUUGCUCAAGGUCUUGUCUUUCGAUGUCAUAUCAUUUACUAUAAACAAAUCUCUUCAAAUAACAUUCUUUCUGAUAAAGAUAUAGUUAUCUUCAAAUUUCAUCAUGCUUUCUUUGAUUAUCCAUCUAUGGAUAUAUUUCUUCAUGAUCUCGAUCAAGCUUAUAAAACAGGUCAACUUACAACUGAUAAUAAUACUCUACGUUAUAUCGAUUAUGCUGUUAUUGAACAACAAAUGUCAAUGACUGGUGCAAGUAUGUUUUGGCUUGAUGCUCUUCAUGAUUGUAAACUCGAUCAGUCUUUAUCAUUACCAUUUGAUCGGUAUCGUCUUGCAAAUGAGCAUCGAACUGGUCGUGGAACAUCGAUUUGUUUUGAUUUUGGUCAAGAUCUCUCACAUGACUUUCUUGUUCAUGCAUCAUCAAACAACAUAUCACUUGAAUAUCUCACAUUUGCUAUUUAUUUCAUCUUUCUAUUUAAAUUAACUAAUGGACAAACAGAUCUAUGUAUUGCUAUGAACAUCAAUAAUAAUCGAUAUAGAGAUGAACUCAAAUCAAUCAUUGGACUGUUUGAGAAUAUCAUUCCAUUACGAUGUCAAUUAGAUCCUCAUUGGUACUUUCAUCAAUUACUCGAACAUGUUCAAGAGAUAACAAUAAAUAGUAUGAAAUAUUCAUAUUUCCCUAUUCAACGUAUUCUCAAUCAACAUCCACAUAUAUCAAAGCAUGCAUUUUUGGAUACAUCUCUGGAAUUUAUAUCAUACAAGAGUCACAAAGACAACGAUGUCGUUAUGAUUGGUGACUCACAAAUUGUUCCAGCAUCUUUUUCAUUUAACAGUAAUAAUUAUGAAAUUUUAAGUGCAUUAGACUUCUCUCUUUCUGUUUAUCAUGAUAUGAACAUCAAUCAACUGUCAUGCACAGUCAAUGCAUCACUUGAUUUAUUUAAUGUAGAAACAACUGAUAAGAUAUCUCAACGAUUUUAUUCAAUCUUGAAACAAUUAUUUAUGUUUGUUGAUAAUCAAAUGAAUAAAUCAAUCUAUGAAAUAUCAUUUACAUUACCAAAUGAAAGAUUACUCGUGCAAUCAUUGAAUAAUACUCAAAUAUCAUUUCCAUCUCCUCUCACUUGUAUUCAUUAUGAAUUUGUAUAUCAAGUAAUGAAACAUCCACAAAAACUAGCUGUU